GUUACCGAGCUCUGUGCGGGUGCGCGCCUGUCUGGACCUUGUGGCUGUCGGCCUAGAGAGAGAGGGGCGUCCGCCCUUCCUUAGGAAACUCGCAGUGACGUCAAGAAACCAGAGCAGGCAGAUCUGUGUUAAUGAACAGCUUGAUACCACUGUUUUACUGCACAUCUGAAACUCGACGUCCUCUCACGGUCCCGUCACACUGAACUAUCCGUGUUUGGUGGCUGCAGGUCGGACAGGAGAACACAGCUACACCGAGAGAGACAGACGGGAGCAAAAUAAGCAGAGUGUAACCUGGUUUUUUGGCAUGGCUGAUCUGCUGAGGCUGCUGCUCCGGGUGGCUGAGAAAGCGGCUGACGUGGCUCGGGUCUGCAGGCAGGAGGCUCCCCUUUUUCAGCUCCUCGUUCAAGAAAAAACUGGAGAUGACAAGAACAAGAAGUUCGUCCAGGACUUCAAGACACUUGCGGAUGUUGUGAUCCAGGAGGUGAUCCGACAUGAUGUUGGCGCUCAGUUCCCUGAGAUGGUCGGCUUCAUCCAUGGAGAGGAGUCCAACAAGUUUGAAAAUGGGCUUGGAGAGAGUGUGACGGUCACAGUGUGCGGCACAGAGGAGGAGACUGCCACACUGCUGGCCACUGUGCUGGACGGCAACCACACAGCGGCGUCUCUCCUGGCGCGCGCCAUCCACCAAGACCCGGCAACAAUUGAUGCCAACACAGAUGGUCUGUCGGUGCCCCUCAGCCCCUCCGAGCUCGGCAUCUGGAUCGACCCCAUAGAUGCCACCAGCCAGUACAUAGAGGGCCGAGAGGAGGUGCUGGAGGAGGGCCACCUAUCUCCUUCAGGUCUGCACUGUGCUUUGGUUCUGAUCGGGGUUUACCUCCGGAGCACGGGAGAGCCCGUCAUGGGCGUCAUCAACCAGCCGUUCAACCACAAAGAUCCAGCAGGUGGAGGCUGGAGGGGGAAGCAUUUCUGGGGUGUGUCCUUCGGCAACGUCAAUGUCUGCUCAGUGUCUCGGCCCAAAGACGGACCUGCAGGCGGGCGAGGGCUGUCGGCGGUGCUGAGCUCCAGUGAGAAGCAGGUGGUGAAGGAAACCCUGACCUCGCUGUGCGGCCCUGACAAACUGAUGUACGCCUCCGGAGCCGGCUACAAAAUCCUGUGUGUCAUUCAGGGCCUGGCUGACGUCUACGUCCUCUCAGAGGGAAGCACCUUUAAGUGGGACUCCUGCGCUCCUCAUGCCCUGCUCCGAGCCCUCGGAGGGGGAGUGGCGGACCUGACAAGGAGUUUACAGUCCAGCUCUGCAGCACAGAAUCACCAGGCAGAACUGACCUAUCACCAGCCUUACAUCGAGGCUAAAGGUGCAGACCGCUGGGCGAACCACGGAGGCCUGGUGGCUUAUCGAGACUGUUCUCAGCUCUGCAGCAUCAUCAGCGCUCUGAAAGGCAAGCUGUAGAGUGGAUGUAAUCAACACAAGUUGACGCACUUAUUGUUGCAUAUAUGAUCAUAUUCAUGUUUUCUAUAUUAGAGGAAAGUUAGCUGGGAGCAUAGGAUGAAAUAUUUUAAUUAUAAAUAAUACUGUCUUGUUUUUAAUCAGAUAUAUAUGCAAGUGUAUAUAUGACAAAGUAAACAUCAGGUUUGAGCCAAACUAUAUUUGCAAAUACAGUUUGCUCUUUAGUCUCAAUCAGUUGUUCCCAAACUGGAGGUCGGCCGCAGGGGGAGAAACGUUAAACAGAACUUCAAGUGUGACUUCAGUGAGUCUGAUUCAUUUGAUUGUUUUAAAAAAAAAAAAUCAAGGUUCAGGUUCAGAAAGCAAAACGACACACAAGUGCAAGAUAAGAAAAACAGGUGAUGCUUAUCAAACAUGUCAGUCAAAUCAAAAGCAUCAUCUUUCUUUCAAGUUCAUAGUCAAUAAACCAAGAGAGACAUUUUUUUGUGUGUAGAAAAACUGUGCAGGAAAAGAAACAUGCAGUUGACGUUCCCAAUAUUUUCAUAAAUUAAUGCAAUGAAAUGACACAUUGGGAAGUAGGGAUCAAAAUGACGGAUGACAGAAGGUCUGGGAACAACUGGUGUACAUCUUGAUGGGACGGGAGGUUCUGGACUGGACACUGGACAGCGAGAUGGAAGCAGAAAGUUUAGACAAUCAUACAAAUGUUUUUUGGAGUUUGACUAUAAUCAUCUAUGAGUGAUCAUUUCUCUUCCUCCGAGCAGCUAAAACAAACUUUAUUUGUGAAUUGUGUUUAACCCAGACCUGGUAUGCAUUUAUUAAAUAUUGCUAAGCUUUGUAACGGUGUGUCUACAUAAAUAGACGUUAUCAUAGUGAGAAGAAACAAGUGCUCACUGCUGGACAGCUGAGGAACGCUUCACUGCCAGAGGAAAGGUAACGUGGCGUCACAAGACUGCUUCUGUCUGAUGUUUCCUGGAUGUAAAUUCAAAUUGUAGCUGAAAAGUAAAAGAUUUAAUCAUUUAAUUAAACCCUAUUUAACCUGUAA